AAGUAGCCCAGCCGCAGCAGCUCCGCCACGUAGUCCCCCCUCUCCGCGGCGCGAAGCCAGCAAUGGCGACGACGUCGCCGCUGCUCUCGCCGCACUACGCUCGCCCCGGCGCCCCUCGUCCUCUCCCCCGCCGCAGCCUCCUCCCGCUACCUCCGCCCACCGUCGUCGCAUCCCCUUCCUCCGCGGCAGAGGGGCGCCAGCGCCUCCGCCGCACGCCGCCUCCCCCCCGCGCCAAGUUCGGCAAGUUCGACGCCGCCGAAGCUCCUGCCGAGUCGCCGGACCCGGAGAAGGAGGGCGAUCGAGCGGUGCAGCAGGCGGCGGCGGUGGCGAAGGAGGAGGACGACAGUUGCCUGCCGUCGGAUCUGGAGGGCGCGAUUUGGCAGUCGGGGAAGGCGAGCGCCGAUUUCGUCAACUCCGGCGGCAUGCGGGCCAUCGCAGAACUACUGAUCCCUCAGCUGGAGUUCCUCAACGAGGAAGGGGCACAGGCCGAGGUCUGGGCUCUCUCGAGAAUACUCCUGGACACACUUGCACAAGAGACUGGCCAGAAAGUUAAGGCCAUUUUCCCUGAUGCUGGAGUGGCUGCCCUUCUGAAGCAUCAAUGGAAAGAUGCGCAGUUCAAGUGUGCUAGUCUUAGUGACCGAAAGCCAGUCGAUACUGAUGAUGGAGUCGUUGUUAUGAUUAUCCCUGAUCAUCAGAUGUUGGAUUCUGUUGAGCGAAUUGCAACUCAAAUAUCCGAUGAUCCUAUAAGGCCUCUUAUCAUGUGGAACCCACGCCUUGUUAGUGGAGAUGUUGGAGUGGGCUAUAAUGUUCGGAAUCUACGCAGAAAUUUCUUAAGUACUUUUACCACUGUUUACUCGAUGAGGCCAUUGCCAACUGGUGCAAUCUUCAGAUGCUACCCUGGAAAGUGGAAAGUAUUUUAUGAUGAUCCAAGUAGGCCCAAUCGGUAUUUGCUCGCCAGAGAAGUUUCAAGUCGUCCUGAUGCAACAGAUAUUGAGAUGAUAUUUGGUGGUGGCGGUGCUAGCGAGCAAUCUGAAGAGGAACCAUCAAUGAUGAGUAAUGUCAUGGCCGUGUUUAGUUCCAUGAGCCGGUUUAUGAGAGUCAUCUCCAAGUAAAAUAAUUCCAAACAAUGUUCUUCACAGUUCAAGCCAUUCAUCAGAACCACCGUGGCCUGUUAUUGUGUCCAGCAAGAAGAUGGUUUGGCAUUAGUGCACGAGCUUACAAGUUACAACUAUGUACACACGUCACAUGUCUGACUCUGAUCUGGAUUACUCUUAAUUAACCCAUGUAACUCUUAGCCAUACAACUAGGUCAAAAAAUUGUAAAUCCUCUGCAAUCUGUUGAUCUUGUUCAACCUGUCAUUUUGUAACACAUAAUACAUGAAAAUCAAUGGAGUUUACUCAAAGAAAAA